AUGCCAUGCCUCGCCCGGGCGUGCAUCAAGACGCUGUCGCUCGCGAGAUGCGCCCCGGCAGCGCCCUUGAGACCGCCCGUCUCCCCGCUCCCCCGCCUGCGGCUCCUGCUGCUUCCACGAGACGUCUGGCGGCGAUGCUACGCCCAGCCUGCGACAAACGGCAAUAGCCGGGCUCGCGGCGGCGACGAUGCCAAGAAGCAGGCCGAGACGGCCGUCAAGAACGAAAAGCACUACCAGAUAGCCGAGCGAGUCAUCAUAUACCACGCCGGCACGGGGCGCAUCACGUUUCUCGCCAUGCUCAAGCUCACAAGCAUCUUCAUUGGCGCCUUCUUCUGCUUCAUCGCUGUCCCGACCUACAUCAAGGCUGACAAACCCACGGCGGGGACCGUCGGAAUCGCUCUCUGCGGCAUUAUGCCCCUCGCCUUCGUCGCCUCCACCGCCGCUCCCUUUGUCACCCACAUCCACAUCCACCUUCCGCCCUCGGCGCGAGUGUCACGCACCGCCCUCGAGCGCUUCGUCCGCGCCAUGCCGCCCUCGACGCCCCUCACCCUCACCACCAUGAGCGCCAUCGGAAAGCCCCGGUACAGCAGCUUGAACGCCGGCGACCUGCUCCCGGCUGGCGCCCGGCGGCGCCGCUUUGGCCUCGUCAACUACGUGCGCGACACGACACGCGAAAAUGCUGCGAGGAAGUGGUACAACCUGCGCGCCGUGGGGAAGUUCUACGUGCAGGAGAAGACGAGGAAGAAGGGCGGCGGCGCCAAGAGGUAUCAGGUCAAGAAGAGCUCGAUGGUUGAUGCGUGGAUUUGGGACGUUGUCAAGGAAAAAAUUGCCUCAAGGGCAGCGGCGGCAACGGGUUCUUCCUGA